GGACGUGUGAAUUCUUUUUCCUCCGUUUGACCCGCGCACACGUGAUUGAUCUUUCCUCGAGGAACCUCUCGGUCCCGGCUCCCUGAUACCUGAUAUUCGAAAUGGGCCCUGGUCCACGGUGAAGCUUCAGCUCCUAGAAGCUGCGCGACCGCAUGUGAAAUGUUCGGGAACCUGCGGGUGCGAAACUGUGACAAUGUUACACCGGACGUCUCGUUUCACCGAACUGUUUCGUGUGUUGUGUGCUCUGUGGAUAUCCUUCGCCGUUGGCGUUGGUGCUCGGCACGCCUAUACAGAAAAGCAGAGGUAUGACGGAUGGUACAAUAAUUUGGCACACCCUGAUUGGGGAUCAGUUGAUAGCAGGCUGAUACGAAAAGUUCCAGCUGCUUAUACUGAUGGAGUUUACAUGAUGGCAGGCCAAGAUAGGCCUUCGCCUCGGAAACUCAGCGACCUUUUCAUGCAGGGAGAUGAUGGACUUCCAUCCAUAAAAAACAGAACGGCUCUUUUUGCUUUUUUUGGGCAGCUGGUCACAUCCGAGAUAAUCAUGGCCAGCGAAAGCGGCUGCCCAAUAGAAUUUCACCGGAUCGAUGUCGAAAAGUGCGAUCCGGUUUUCGACAAAGAUUGCCAAGGCAAUAAAUAUAUUCCAUUUCUUCGGGCUGACUAUGAUCGAAAAACUGGCCACAGCCCCAACAGCCCCCGAGAACAGAUAAACAAAGUGACGAGUUGGAUUGAUGCCAGCUUCAUUUAUUCAAGCAGCGAAGCAUGGGCCAAUACGAUGAGAUCCUUCAAAAAUGGAAGUUUUCUCAUGGAACCGAAAAAGAAAUUUCCGGUUCGAAAUACCAUGAGGGCCCCACUUUUCAACCACCCAGCACCCAGUGGUGUCCGAAUCAAAAGUCCCGAAAGAUUAUAUUUACUCGGUGACCCGCGAUCAAAUCAGCACCCACCUUUACUAGCCUUUGGAAUAAUUUUUUAUCGCUGGCAUAACGUGAUUGCUGCGAGAGUACAACAUCAAGCCCCGGAAUUAUCUGAUGAAGAAAUUUUUCAACGGACACGUAGAAUCGUUGUAGGAACACUUCAGAAUAUAAUUAUGUAUGAGUACCUGCCAACAUUGUUGGGCGAGAAGCUACCUCCCUAUACAGGACACAAACCGGAUUUGCAUCCUGGUAUCAGUCACAUUUUUCAAAGUGCAGCUUUUCGAUUUGGUCACACCUUGAUUCCUCCUGGAAUUUAUCGUCGAGAUGAGAAGUGCAAUUACAGAAUGACUCAAACGGGGCAGCCGGCUGUCAGACUCUGCGGCACCUGGUGGGGCUCCACUGAAUUCUUUGUAAAUAAUACUAUAGAAGAAUUAAUAAUGGGAAUGUCUUCACAAGUAGCAGAAAAAGAGGAUAACCUGCUGAGCAACGACAUUAGAAAUCAUCUUUUCGGCCCCAUGGAAUUUUCAAGAAGGGACCUAGGGGCCCUAAAUAUAAUGAGGGGUCGUGAUAAUGGACUCCCUGAUUAUAAUUUAGCCAGAACUUAUUUCCAAUUGCCCCGAAGAAAAACUUGGAAUGAAAUCAAUCCUGAACUUUUUAAUAAAAAUCCCAGUUUGCUUAGAACUUUGAUGGAAAUCCAUGCCAAUAAUUUAAAUAAUAUCGAUAUUUAUUUGGGUGGAAUGCUGGAGUCGAGAAAUGGACCUGGCGAACUUUUCACAGCUGUAAUCAAAGAUCAGUUUCUUCGGCUAAGAGACUCAGACAGAUUUUGGUUCGAGAAUGAGGAGAGUGGAAUUUUCACCAAAAGUGAAAUUGAGGAUAUCCGUCGAGUAACUUUGUGGGACGUGAUUACGAACACGACUUCUAUCAGUCCAGUUGCAAUCCAGCGAAAAUUAUUCGUUUGGACAGAAAAGGACCCAUGUCCACAGCCCUUUCAACUCAAGGCUUCAAUGCUUGAUUCCUGCGUGCCAUUUCAACGUUACGACUACUUCGAGGGAAGUGAGUUAAUGUAUAUUUAUGCCUGCAUUUUCCUCUGCCUGGUACCAUUUGUGUGCGCCGCUGCAGGAUACGGUCUAGUCAAAUUGCAAAAUAAGCGUAGAAGAAAAUUGAAAAUUCUUCAGGAAGCGCUUCGAAAACAAAGGGACGUGGGUCGACUUUACGUAGACAAAAUGAUCGUUAGAGAAUGGUUGCAUGCCAAUCAUCGACGAUUAGUGAAAGUGAAAUUUGGACCGGAAGCUGCACUCCAUAUUGUUGAUCGGAAGGGCGAAAAUCUCAGGACCUUGGACUUUACCAGUGUCAACUCUAUCAGUAUUGAAGAAUCUCAGGAAAGCGAAACUGGCCAUCGCAAGGCACUGGUUCUGUUGCGAAUACCUCGCGAUUACGACCUCGUCCUUGAACUGGAUUCCCUGAGCUCGCGUAGAAAGUUCAUUGCGAAAUUGGAGACAUUCCUAUCUUCGUAUAAGAAGCACUUUACGUUGACACAGACCAAUCGAGACAUAAUGCUAGCCAAAGCGGAAACGAAGGAACGCCGACAGAAGAAGUUGGAACAGUUUUUCCGAGAAGCCUAUGCUCUUACAUUUGGUUUAAGGCCAGGGGAAAGACGUAGAAGAUCUGAAGACAGUGAUGGUGGUGAAGUUGUCACUGUUAUGAGGACAUCACUUUCAAAAAGUGAAUUUGCAAGUGCCCUCGGUAUGAGGCCCGAUGCUGUUUUUGUAAAAAAAAUGUUCAGCAUCGUCGACAAAGAUGGAGAUGGUCGAAUUUCAUUCCAGGAAUUUUUGGACACGGUUUUACUGUUUUCGAGAGGCAAAACCGAAGAUAAAUUGCGGAUAAUUUUCGAUAUGUGUGACCAAGACAGCAACGGGGUUAUCGAUAAAGAAGAAUUUUCAGAAAUGCUGAGAUCUUUAGUCGAAAUUGCUCGUACGACGAGUUUAUCUGAUGACCACGUGACUGAAUUAAUUGACGGAAUGUUUCAAGAUGCAGGUCUGGAGAGAAAAGAAUAUUUGACCUACAGUGACUUUAAAUUAAUGAUGAAAGAAUAUAAAGGAGAUUUUGUAGCAAUUGGGUUAGAUUGCAAAGGAGCAAAACAAAAUUUCCUAGAUACUUCAACAAAUGUGGCUCGAAUGACGAGUUUUAAUCUUGACCAACUUCCACCCGAUGCUAGAAGAAGUUGGAUGAGAAAACAAUGGGACGCCAUAUCAACUUUUCUCGAGGAAAAUAGACAAAAUAUUUUCUACCUCUUCAUUUUUUAUGUCGUCACCAUUGUUCUCUUCGUUGAAAGAUUUAUUCAUUAUUCUUUCAUGACAGAACACACAGAUUUAAGACACAUUAUGGGGGUUGGAAUUGCCAUAACGAGAGGCUCAGCAGCUGCCCUGUCUUUCUGUUACAGUCUUCUCCUACUUACGAUGUCGAGAAAUCUUUUGACAAAACUAAAAGAAUUUUCGAUUCAGCAAUACAUCCCCCUAGAUUCUCAUAUUCAAUUCCACAAAAUUGCUGCUUGUACAGCGCUUUUUUUCUCGGUUUUACACAGUGUGGGACACAUUGUGAAUUUUUAUCAUGUUUCUACCCAGCCAAUUGCUAAUUUGCAAUGUCUCACAAGCGAAAUUAAUUUUGCGAGUGAUGCUCGACCCACGAUUGCUUAUUGGCUUUUUCAAACAGUAACAGGUCUCACCGGAAUUUUGUUGUUUGUCGUCAUGACAAUCAUAUUUGUUUUUGCUCAUCCGAGGAUCCGACAAAAAGCUUACAAAUUUUUCUGGAUGACUCACAGUCUUUAUAUUGUACUCUAUGCUUUGUGUUUAAUUCAUGGACUUGCGAGAUUGACUGGAGAGCCAAGAUUUUGGAUAUUUUUCACUGGACCUGCUAUUAUUUAUGCUUUGGAUAAGGUCGUCAGUUUGAGAACAAAAUACAUGGCUCUCGACAUAAUCGAAACAGAACUCUUGCCCUCAGAUGUGCUAAAAAUAAAAUUCUAUAGACCCCCGAAUUUGAAAUACUUGUCAGGUCAAUGGGUGAGGUUGGCUUGUACUUCAGUGAAAUUGAACGAGUUCCAUUCAUUCACCUUGACCUCAGCACCACACGAAAAUUUUCUCUCUUGCCAUAUUAAGGCCCAGGGUCCAUGGACCUGGAAGCUGAGAAAUUAUUUCGAUCCCUGCAAUUAUAAUCCUGAAGCAGAGCACCCGAAAAUUAGGAUCGAGGGGCCUUUCGGGGGAGGGAAUCAGGAUUGGUAUAAAUUUGAGGUCGCCGUGAUGGUCGGCGGGGGCAUUGGGGUCACCCCUUAUGCAUCCAUGCUCAACGAUCUUGUUUUUGGAACUUCUACUAAUCGAUAUUCUGGAGUUGCCUGCAAAAAGGUAUACUUUUUAUGGAUUUGCCCCUCACACAAACAUUUCGAGUGGUUCAUUGACGUCUUGAGAGAUGUGGAGAGAAAGGAUGUCACUGACGUACUUGAAAUUCAUAUAUUUAUUACACAAUUCUUCCACAAGUUCGAUUUGAGAACUACGAUGUUGUACAUUUGCGAGAAUCACUUCCAGAGGCUGUCCAAGAAAAGCAUAUUUACGGGACUCAGGGCGAUUAAUCACUUUGGUCGACCCGACAUGACGUCCUUCUUGAAAUUUGUGCAGAAAAAACAUAGUUAUGUUAGUAAAAUCGGAGUCUUCAGCUGUGGGCCCCGACCAUUAACAAAAAGCGUGAUGUCAGCCUGUGAUGAAGUGAAUAAAGGUCGACGAUUGCCUUAUUUUAUCCAUCAUUUCGAGAACUUCGGCUAAAAAAACACGAGAAAAUAUAAGUUUUUAAAUUGAAGAAUUAUUUUAUUUUUUUGAAAGUGCAUUUUAAAGUUGUAAAUAGACGCGAGAAUGAGUGUGAUUGAGCAAUUCUUAUUUAUGAUACUUAUGGUCUGAGCAAGACUUUAAGAUUUUUUUGUAAGUAAUAUUUAAAUAAUUAAAUGUUAUUUAAUUUUGUGAGACGACAGAGCCCUGCGAAUUUGAUUCAGCUCGACUCGAAUGAUGUGCCGUGUAAUUUCGCCUUUUAUAAUUUAUUAAGGACAUCAGCAAUAAAUCAAAGCAUUUGACAUCUGAACACUUUUUUCCUACUGUAUAUAUUGAUCCUACGACAAUCAGCCGCCUUAUCAAAUACAAA